CGAACUUCCCAUCCAGCAUUUCACGACGAGCUUGGAAUUGCCUUCCCCCGUUAUUUGAUCAAACGUCACAAAAAUGGCAACAGCAAAAUUCAGGGAAGCAUCUCCGUAUAUCAAAAAGACACCAGAAGCCAGUCCCGAAGAUUAUCUUUUCAAAAAGUAUUUGACAGACGUUGCUUUGAAAUCUGAUGAGAAGCUCGAGAAGGUUCUAGGAGUGGCGAUUUUCGGUUUGGGCCGGGCUGGCUCGAUUCAUAUGUCGAACAUCGCAAACAAUCCACGUGUCAAAGUUCUGUACAUCGUCGAGGAUUCGGAGUCGAAAUGGAGCGCCAUCAAGAGCUACUGGAAAGUCGAUGCCAAAAUUAUUGCCAGCAAACAAGCUGAGCAAGUUUACAACGAUCCAAAAGUUGAAGCCGUAAUCGUAUGUUCGCCAACGUUCACCCACGAAGAGAUAAUCUCAAAGUCACUGGACGCUAAGAAGGCGGUAUUCAGUGAGAAGCCCAUCGGCGAGGAUCCAAAAUCAACGGCCAAGUGUUACGAGGCUGCAGCGAGGAACGGCAAGCCGCUGUUUUGCGCGUUCAAUCGUCGCUUUGAUCCGAGCUACUGCAACGUUCGCGAGAGGCUGAGGGCUGGCGAAAUCGGCCACGCGCACAUCAUCCGUACCACAGCUCGUGACUCGCCGCUGCCCAGCAUCGAGUAUCUUAAAAUCUCCGGCGGUAUUUUUCACGAUUGCGCUGUACACGACAUCGACCUCAUUACGCAUAUGCUCGGAGAGUAUCCUACUAAGGUGUCCGUGUGUGCGAGCGCCAACAUCCCCGAGAUAAAAGCAAUCAACGACUUUGAUACUGUAGCCAUGGUGUUCCAAUUCCCCUCGGGAACGGUGGGUUUGGUCGAUUUGUCACGUAAUUCAAACUACGGCUACGACCAGCGGCUCGAGAUUUUCGGACCCAAAGGCAUGAUUGCCGCUGCCAACGAGCAACCAAUCCACUGUGUAACUACUCAGUAUGGACAGAACGGCAUACGCAGUCCGCCUAUUUGGUACUCAUUUCCAAGUCGGUUCCGGAACGCCUACGCCCAGGAGAUGGAACAGUUCAUCGACGUUGUUCAUGGCAAGCGGCAGGUGCCCGUUCACGCCAAAGAAAUUUUGGCCGUCAGUAAGAUCGCCUCUGCUUGCGAAGAAUCGGCAAGGUCUGGCAAAGCAGUCGAUAUCAAGUGGGCCCCAGAAGAGCUGCCGCCUAUCAACUAAGUCAUUAUAAUUUUGCUGUCGAGGAAAAAACUUUUUAUUACUGAUUCGAUCUCUCGCCAACCGACUGUAUUAUAGAGAGUCUUUUUUGCCGUUUUUCAACCGUCAUUGUUGUGCAUUGAUAAAGAUAUUUUUUUUAUGUUGCUGAUAUGUGUAUCAUACGAUUAAACGUGUAUUAUGUAACGAGGAACGAAACAUGAUGUUUGAUAAAAUUUUGUUGCUUUGUCACAGUGGGAGGUCAUUAUUCUUCUACUUCUGGUUGUGUUUAGAAUUUUCGGGAAAGUUUAUUAACAAAAUAUCAUAGCUGAAUUAAAUUCACAAUUCGAAUAAAAAA